GAUCUUGCGCAUUCCUGUUUGAAAAUCACAGUUCGGCACACUACGACUACAUCUCAGGACAAAACAUAAAAUUUUACAGAGAAAAUUUCGCGAUUAUGUCCGGUCAGGAGUCCGAUUCGGGGAGCAGUUGUCAGUAUAGUGAUGACUCCGACAUAAACUUUAUUCCGGGUUAUGUAAUGGAGGAUGCACAGGCCGAGAAAGACUGUGAUUCUGGCGAAGACGAAGGUUGUUCAGGCUUCGCAUAUGCCGAAGAACCUUUAGCUGACGAAGCCUGGUUAGAAACGUACCACAGAGAAGAACAGCAAAGGCUAGAGGCCGAGGAACAGUUUACGAAAAGGCUAAAUUGUUCGGUGGAAAUAAGCGAAUGGUAAGUAAAAUCUGAAUUUACAGUAAUUUCACUGAGUAUAAAUUUUCCUAUACUGUACCGUAUAAAAGCCAAUUUGUGUGUUGUGAUCAUGUGUAGCAUAUUUUUUAAUAUAUGUACAGGUGCAAAUGUGGAAAUUGUGGAGUAGAGCUCCUUGCUAAUAUACAUGAAUGCUGCUGUGAGCUGGAAGCCUGUGAUGAAGCACUGAAAAACAAUGAAGUUCUCGAAGACCUGAAGGCCGAAGGGAAAGACAUCGAAUUAAUAAAAUGCAUCACACAACACCCAGGUUUUGAUUCUGUCUGCUUACAAAAAUGGAGUUUAAAAUUAGCUGCGGACAAGUACAAAACCAGGUCCAAAUCAAGAUACAGUCAGGUCAAAACGCAGAACAGGUAAGGUGAAAAAAAAAAUUUCAAGGACUAGAUAUUUCAUACAUGGCAAAACUAUUUUAUUUUAUAUAGCUGUAUAAAAGUUUCAAAUGCCACCAAAUUUAAAAGUCCCCAAGUUGUUUCUAUUUUCUAAUGUUACACACAGUGAUUUGUCAUUUGUGCAGCUGUAGCUAUAAAAUUGGCCUGACUAGACAAAUUGCUUUGUGGAAAAUAUGACAAGAUGGGCUGGGAAGAAAAGAAAAAUAAUAUUGAAAAAAAUAAAUAAAAUUGUUUUGAAUCAGUGGAAAAGCAAGGUUGCCGAUCAUCUUGAAAUAUAUCUGACAAUUGUCUCAAAAACACGCUUACUGAACAUAUACUGUAAACAAAUAUCUUACUGAUAAGCCAGAUCCUGUUUUGAUAUUAAAUUAACCCAUUGAGUGGUAUUGUGCCCUAUUUUAUUAUUUUAGUUUGUCUAAUGCCAGAUGAUUUUACUUGACAAGGGGAGAGCACUGGUGCUUAAUGGGUUAAUUGUGGUCUUCUAUAUUUAGAUUCCUGCGCAGUAUCUCGUAUAGAGAAUUUGUCAGGCUGGUUUAUGGCUUUCUUGGCAACAGGAGGGUACCACUGCCAUCAUGUGCCUACACUGCUAUUAGGAAAGCAUUUCCAACUGGUAGGGAUGAAGCUAUCACCGGAUAUGCUGAAGAAUCUGACUGAUUUAUUGACUAAAUGUAUGAAAGUUUCAAUAAAAAUUUGUUCAUAAAAAGUUGUGCACCCUUGUUAUACUGUGUCACAAAGUACACAACAUAGGGUUAUAGGUGUCAAUGGGGACGAGAGUACUGUUCCUUUCCCCUGUCACGAAUUGUCUAACUUGUCUUAUUUAUCUGUAAUUAGUUUGUAACAUGUACAUAGUGACAAAUUCAUUAUAUUAUAUUAUUAUUAUUAAAUUAACAUGCACUUUAAUUGGUCGUUCCAGAAAAGAUCCAUACUCCCCCCACGGAGGAAAUUUCUGCCGUCCGGAGGGGGAAAAAAAUUGUUUCUGAUAAUAGUAAACAUAUUAGGACAUCCGAAGGGGGUAGGGAGGUUAACUUCCUAUUUCCUCCAUGGGGGUGGUAUGGAUGUUUUCUGGAAUGACCCAUUAAUAGUUUAAUUCACUUCUAAAAAAAACCCUUUAUUUUACAAUAUGAAUAAUAGUAUGAUACAGUAAUAUCUGGGUUUCUCCCAAAACCUUUACGAUUUCUGAUUUCUCGGACAUUCCUUCACUUUUUUAUGUCCUUUCAUGGGGUUCUUGCAUGUUUUGCAAUACCGAACAAUGGUGUUUUUUUUCGUUUUACUUGCUUGUGCCAGAACUUCUGAUACUAUAUCAAAUAAUUUAAAACUUUAGCAUAUGUUUGUUUUUAGACAAGUCAUAAAUGCUAUAGGAAGUAUGGUAAGAUAUUGAUUCAAUCACAAAAGCCUGAUAAAGAUAAAAGACUUUCUUAGUGGAGACCCUUUUGUAAUACCAAACUAAACUCCUCCCCUCCUCCAUUUAAUAAUUCCUUUGUGGAAGUUACCCCAGAGGAUGCCUUACUAACCCCUUUAGUGAUAUAACCACCACACCCAUCGGAUAUCCAGACCCUUCAAUUGGGGGGGGGCAGUGCACAUAUUAAAUGGAUGGCCUAAUUUAUUCGGAGAAGCUAUGUUGUAAGUGUAUUGUACCUGGAGUAGUUGGUGGAACAUCUUUCACAACCAUUUCACUUCGGUCAGCUCGUUUCUUCAAUGCCUCUGCCUUUGCUUGCUUAUUGAACACAGAGUCCAUUGGCGCAGGAGACAUUUCUUUAAGUUUUAUAGCAGCAUCUUUCAGUUCCUUUUUGCCAGCCAUCAGAUACGUCAGGUAAAUUUCUUGCACAUAUGCUGAAAAAAAUGCCGCAAUUCAUUUCUCAAGACCAAAAACCCCAUAAUACUUGAAAAUAAAAACAAAACUUACAAAAGUUCUGUGCAACUUUAACACUCCUAAUUGUUGCUUCACCAUUCUUGUAUUUUGGGUAGGUGAAUUUGACUCUUCCAGUGUUGUCAUCCUUUUUGGUUUUGUCAUCUCGAUGUAGGUUGGCAUUGAAAUGAAUGACGGCAAGAAUAUGUCUGAGAACAAAGCAGAAACAUGUUUAAUUAAAGGGGCCUACAGUUUUUUUUUGUU